ACUAGGUCUUCUGGCCUGGUCAUUUCCAAUGACAACAACAAGGCGGACGACGGAAUCGGUUUGGUUUGGUUUUGCAAUGUCCAGCGUAACAAAAGUCGCUUGUUUUGGACAACAGCAACGGCAGUGGCAAGAAAACGCUCCCAAGCCGCAAAAAGUUGGCCAGAUCGAAGGGUUUUUGUGUCGGGAACAACGUUAUGCACUUAAAGACAAAGAAACAUUGGAGCACAACCAAACAAAAACCAAAUAACGAACGGAAAGAAAUACUACAAAUGUGUAUACCUUUGCAGUACCUCCUACUAGAGGCAAUACACCGAGACGGAAACCAAAUAAAAGGGUACAAAAAACGGACAGCAAAGUUGGCAAAUCAGCCGCAAACUGGGGCAGGGCGAGGAGAGUGUGGAUAAAAAGGUUCGGCGGCUCGAGGCAAGUCCAGUAGACGGCGAUAAGCGGGCGUGGCAGCUGCACCAGAAGCACAGAGAAAUACGGAGAUAGAGUGGGUAGAAGGAGCCAGCCAGGACCCAGGAUAACAAGGAGCAGAAGUGGCAUCAGCCAUGUGGCCGGCUUGGCAAGUGAUAACGCUGCUGGGUCUUCUGGCCAGGUCUUUGGCACUCCACUCGACGCCGGACAGGGCCAUGGCCAUAAGCUCGGCGCUGCUUGGCCAGGACUUUGCGGACUUUCAGCCAUACUUCGAAGAGAAACAGGACCAGGAACCGGAUCAGCUGGUGGCCGCCUCGAAGCACGAGGAGCACUCGGAGGGCGGCGAAGAGGAGUCUGGGGAGGAGCACCACAGCGAGCACUUCCACAAGAAGGGCGGAAAGAGCAAGAAGGGUCACAAGCACGACGAGCACUCCGAGAAGGGGGCGAAAGGUCACCACGACAAGGAGGGCAAGAAGGGGGAGCACGGCGAGGAGGAGGGUCACGAGAAGAAGCACAAGCACUCCGAGGCCCAUCACAAGAAGAAGAAGAAGGGCUCCAAGGGCGAGAAAGGUAGCGAGUUCGAGGACCAUGGCUCCUACAAGAAAGGUCACUCCAUCAAGGGCAAGCACCACGUCCACAAGCUGGACGAGAACAAGAAGGAAAAGAAAUUCUACGAUGAGGAUCACAAAGAGGGCGGCGAGGAGAAGCACGGCGGAUUCGAGGAAUCCAAGAAGCACAAGAAGGGCAGCAGUUUCAAGAAGGGUCACCACAAGAAGGGCGGGCACGAAGAGCACCACGGCAAGAAGGGUCACAGCAAGAAGGGCCACAAGAAGAAGGGUCACAAGGGCCACAAAAAGAAGCACGAGGAGUCGAAGAAGUGGGGUCACAAGAAGGAGCACGGCAAGAAGGGCGGCGAGGAGCACAAGAAGAAGUGGCACAAGUCCCACAAGCAGAGCAGUGAACACGAUCAUCAUGGACAUCAUUAAGCACCGACUUGGCAAUCAUGCCUUCACCACCAAUUUGCGAUGUAUUUUGUAGACAUUAAAAACAGAUAAUUCAGACCCAGUUAAAAGUAUUUGUUUUGCGUAAAAGACAUGUUACA